UUUCAGUUUAUGUCUUCCACGCCAAUUUGUCUGAAACAUCAAUCCUACAUCUCAGCAAAUCGAUCAUCUCAGUAUUUCGAAACCCUAAAUUAAUUAUGAAAUUGCAGUGUUGGUAAACUGAAGAGCGAUAAGCCAUGGGUAGUAACGAGUUCCGAUUCUUCUUGUCGUGCGACAUCAAUCUCCCUGUAACUUUUCGCGUCGAGAGAUUAGAAGGAACUCUCCCUUCUGUUAACUCUCCAAAUUCAGUAAUUGAUUCCACUACAGAAGAGAGGAGACCAGAGUUGUAUGUUGAGUGUGCGUUGUACAUUGAUGGUGCUCCCUUUGGCCUUCCAACAAGAACAAGGUUGGAAUCUAUGGGACCAUCAUAUUGCUGGAAUGAACUUAUUACACUGAGUACUAAGUAUCGGGAUUUAACUGAACACUCCCAACUUGCUUUAACAGUUUGGGAUGUUUCAUGUGGAAAAGAUGAGGGAUUGGUUGGUGGGGCUACCAUACUUCUCUUUAACAGCAAAAAGCAACUUAAAACAGGGAAGCAAAAGCUUAGGCUUUGGCAAGGAAAAGAGGCAGAUGGAUCAUUGCCAACAACUACUCCUGGAAAGGUCCCUAGGAAUGAGCGUGGAGAGUUGGAGCGCUUGGAAAAGCUUGUAAAUAAGUAUGAACGGGGGCAGAUUCAGCAUGUUGAUUGGCUGGACCGUCUCACAUUCAAAGCUAUGGAGAGAAUCAAGGAUCGUGAAAGCUGUAGAAAUGGAAAUUCAUAUUUAUAUUUGGUUGUUGAUUUCUGUAGUUUUGAACACCGAGUUGUUUUCCAGGAAUCAGGAGCAAAUUUCUUACCGCCACCGCCUAUAACUUCAACGAACGAACUUGUUACAGUCUGGGACCCAGAAGUGGGAAAGAUGAAUCCCUCUGAGCACAAGCAACUAAAGCUAGCUCGGAGUUUAACCCGUGGUAUCAUUGACAGGGACCUUAAACCAAGUUCUACUGAACGGAAGUCAAUACAACGAAUUCUAAAAUACCCACCUACGAGGACUUUGAGUGGAGAUGAGAAACAGCUCCUUUGGAAAUUCCGUUUUUCACUAAUGUCUGAGAAGAGGGCUCUCACAAAGUUUCUCCGAAGUGUUGAAUGGAGUGAUGUUCAGGAAGCGAAGCAGGCAUUGGAACUGAUGGGUAAGUGGCAAAUGAUUGACGUCUGUGAUGCACUGGAGCUUCUAUCACCUGUUUUUGAAAGUGAAGAGGUCCGUGCUUAUGCUGUCAGUAUUCUUGAAAGAGCUGAUGAUGAAGAGCUCCAGUGUUACUUACUGCAACUAGUUCAAGCUCUUCGAUUUGAACGCUCGGAUAAAUCUCGCCUUUCUCAAUUUCUUGUACACCGCUCAUCAAGCAACAUUGAGUUGGCUAGCUUUCUUCGCUGGUACGUUUUUGUUGAAUUUCAUGAUCCCGUGCACGCCAAACGUUUUUAUUCAACACAUGAGAUGCUCGCAGAAAGUAUGACAAAGCAGUUGGCACCUGGUCUGAAUGGAGAAGAUGGAUCUAAAUUGUGGCACAGUUUGGUCCGCCAGACAGAAUUGACUGCUCAGUUGGGUUCUAUAACGAGAGAUGUUGGAAAUGUACGAGGCAAUACCCAGAAGAAAAUUGAAAAGCUUAGGCAGCUUCUUUCUGGUCUUCUUAGUGAACUUACUUAUUUUGAAGAGCCAAUUCGAUCACCACUGGCUCCACGUGUCCUCAUUACUGGGAUUGUGCCAUCGGAGUCAUCUAUAUUUAAAAGUGCUUUGCAUCCUUUGCGUCUGACUUUUAGAACAGAAAAUGGUGGAACUUGCAAGAUUAUUUUUAAGAAGGGCGAUGAUAUUCGACAGGAUCAAUUGGUUGUCCAAAUGGUGUCACUCAUGGAUCGAUUGCUUAAGUUGGAAAAUCUUGAUCUGCACUUAACUCCAUAUAAGGUGCUUGCAACUGGACAAGAUGAGGGCAUGUUGGAAUUCAUACCAUCUCACUCUUUAGCUCUGAUUCUCUCAGAGCAUCGAAGCAUUAUAAGCUAUCUACAAAAGUUUCAUCCUGAUGAACAUGGACCAUUUGGAAUUACAGCCACCUGUCUCGAAACAUUUAUAAAAAGCUGUGCUGGCUAUUCUGUUAUCACAUACAUACUGGGUAUUGGAGACAGGCAUCUAGACAAUCUUCUGCUUAGGGAUGAUGGACGUCUUUUCCAUGUUGAUUUUGGUUAUAUUCUUGGUCGAGAUCCCAAGCCAUUCCCCCCACCCAUGAAGCUCUGUAAAGAAAUGGUUGAGGCAAUGGGUGGAGCAGAAAGCCAAUAUUAUACACGGUUCAAAUCCUAUUGUUGUGAAGCAUACAACAUCCUGAGGAAAUCUAGUAACCUUAUCUUAAAUCUGUUUCAUCUGAUGGCGGGUUCCAACAUUCCUGACAUAGCUUCUGAUCCUGAAAAAGGCAUUCUUAAGCUUCAAGAGAAGUUUCGGUUGGACUUGGAUGAUGAAGCCUGUGUGCAUUUCUUCCAGGAUCUCAUAAAUGAGAGUGUUAGUGCUUUGUUCCCUCAGAUGGUUGAAACCAUUCAUAGGUGGGCUCAAUACUGGCGCUGAUUCAAGAAGCGGAUUGGGUGUAUCUUAUGCCUUUUUACAUGACCUGGAUUGAAAGUGAAUUUGAAGGGUAAAAGACAGCUUUUGAGGAAGUGCGAUGGGCAGAGGGGAAGAAGUAUGAGAUUUGUAAAUGGUUGUAUAUAAUUAUUUUUAAGCUGUUAGCUUCAUUGUGGAUUUGGAUUAAACAUUAUCAGAAAAUUUUGUACAUAUAUUUAUCUCAAAACUAUAUAGCGGUUCUUGAAGCCCAUAUUUGAAUGGCGGUGGCUAUGAACUUACUUUGUGGCUCAAUGUAUUUGCCCAUA